AUGAACGAUCAGAAUUGGAAGAACUUAUCCAAUGAGUUGAGACGUAGAGCUCAACAAGCACGUCAAUCAGGUGGUGCUGGUGGACCAAGAAGUCCCUUAGCCAUCUUUGGUGGAAUUGGAGGAGUUUUACUUUUAGGAGGGGUUGCCAUGUUUGCUCAAAAUGCAUUAUUUAAUGUUGAUGGUGGACAAAGGGCCAUUCUAUAUUCAAGAAUCAAUGGUGUUCAAAAUAAAAUAUAUCCAGAAGGUACUCAUUUUGUUAUACCUUGGUUUCAAAGACCUAUAAUAUUUGAUGUCAGAGCUAAACCAAAAGAAAUCGCAUCAUUAACAGGUACUAAAGAUUUACAAAUGGUUAAUAUAACGUGUAGAGUUUUAUAUAAACCAGAUAUAUGGGAGUUACCAACAAUAUUUCAAACAUUAGGUACAAACUAUGAAGAAAAAGUAUUGCCAUCAAUUGUAAAUGAAGUAUUAAAAUCAGUUGUUGCUCAAUUCAAUGCUUCACAAUUAAUUACUCAAAGAGAAAAAGUUUCAAGAUUAGUAAAAGAAAAUCUUUUACGUAGAGCUUCAAAAUUCAAUAUUGCAUUAGAUGAUGUUUCAUUAACUUAUAUGACUUUUUCACCAGAAUUUAGUCAAGCAGUUGAAGCAAAACAAAUUGCACAACAAGAUGCUCAAAGAGCUGCAUUUAUUGUUGAUAAAGCAAUUCAAGAAAAACAACAAUUGGUUGUUAAAGCACAAGGUGAAGCUAAAUCUGCUGAAUUGAUUGGUGAAGCUAUAAAAAAAUCAAAAGAUUAUGUUGAAUUGAAAAGAUUAGAUACAGCUAGAGAAAUUGCAAAUAUCUUAUCUUCAUCACCAAAUAGAAUAAUAUUAGACAAUGAUACUUUAUUAUUGAAUACCGUUGCUGAUGGUAGAAAUAACAGAAAGUAA